GGAGGAGAGAAGCAAGAGCAGAUUAUAUAACACUCCUCUUAGAUGGCUGCGGCUUCUCUGCAUUGAAUAAUUCCCCCACUAUGUUUGGAGGAGCAGCUCGGCUCUGAUUCUAACGCUUCUCCCAUCGACCCGUAUGGGCUCUACCUCCACCCCUUUCUUCCUCCACGCUCCUCCCAUCCUUCCGCCUGUCUUCUUCGCUCGCCAAACCCUGUGCACCUUCUCCUCUUCUCGGCUUCGGAUGCCCUCCUCACUUACAUUAUGGACUCGGGAGGGGAAGGAGGAGAGGGUUGGAUGGAGGACCAGUGGGAGAAAUGGUUGACCCAUGACAUCAGCCUGGGUGAGUUUGAAGAUGAUGACCUGUCGGAGAUUACAGAGAUCACAGAUGAGCGCGGGGUGAGCCUUAACUGCAACGGCCCUGAUGUAAAGGGCCACGUGAGACGAGGGACCAAUAGCCGGCCGGGGAGGGCAGAGCUCGGCGCCGUCGGUCAGCUCCAGGCUGAGAUGCUCCAUUUGGACCUUAUUGACGGCGCCGACGGUUACCGCGGCGACAAAGAGUCCUGCAAGGCCUCCAUCGCGCCUCCGCCGGUCACCAAGGACCCGACACUACCGGUUACCAUGGAUACCUACCGGCCCAAGAGACCCACAACCCUUAACCUCUUUCCAAUUGUGCCACGAACACAGGACACGCUAAACAACAACUCUUUUGGGAAAAAAUACACAUGGCAGGAGAAAGUUUCCGGCUCAUCUUCACCUCUCAAAACCGGCGAGCUAACGCCUCCACGCGAGCACAACUGCCUGAGCGACGAGGACAAGGUGCAUAGCGGUGGUGCGCAAACCAAAGACAGAGGUACCUCCACCGACGCCCCCUGCAGGCACGCAAAAACAUCCGGUCGUUCGCAAAGCUCUACAUCCGCGGCAGCGACGCGGCCAAAGUUUCAGGAGAAACCACCCGCGCCGCCACCACCGCCCCUCAAUUACAAACCGGCUCCUCUCUAUCCGGCGGGGAAGGUGGAUGGGGGUGGACAAAGGGUCCAGUACCAGUCGGACACUCAUCUGGAGCCCACGGAUGAGAUUUAUUUAACUCCAGUACGGCGUUCCUCUGACCCCUUGGAGCCUCUUUGCACACAGGACCGUCCUUUCCUCUCACAGCAGACUGAGCAGGGCCGCAUGUCCAUCAGCUCCGACACAGAAGGCCCACCUCCCUACCAGCCACUACCGGAUCGGACCAACCCUUCCAUCUACGAAGACGAAGAAGUCUACAUCCCGCCGCCUUCCUACGCUUCCUGUGUUGAAUCGCUCAUCACGCCGCCAAGCAUGUCUCUCUCAGCUCACUCUUCCCUAGCACUGGACCUCAGUUUGAAGGGCUCAGGAACCGGUGCAGGGGCAAUUUUGCGAACUGGUUCUUCAGUAGAGUAUGUGGACGCAACAGACGACAGCUACUGUGGAGAGGACGAGGAUGUGGACAGAAUAAUUAUGGAUGAAAGAAUGAGAAAAGCGGGAGGAAAGGUGGAUGGCGGCAGCAGCAGGGCCGCUUUGUUACGGACUUCAAUGUGCUCUGAUGCCAGCGGCCUGUCGUACGACUCGGUCAAAUACACUCUGGUGGUGGACGAGCACGCUCAGCUAGAACUCGUUAGUUUGCGGCAGUGCUACCAAGGUUACAGCGACGACAGCGACUCGGCCACCGUCUACGACAACUGUGUCUCCUCUCCCUACGAGUCUGCCAUCGGGGAGGAGUACGAGGAGGACGAGGAAGAGGACUGCUCCCGCUUGGGGGGAGUGAGGCGAGAGGCCACCGCUUGUCUGUCGGAAGACUCUACGCCGGAUGUGGACCUGCACUUCUCGAAGAAGUUCGUCAACGUCUUCAUGAAUGGACGCUCUAGCUCAUCAAGUGCAGAGUCUUUUGGCCUAUUCUCCUGCAUCAUAAAUGGAGAGGAACAUGAUCAGAGUCAUAGAGCCGUCUACAGGUUUGUCCCUCGCCACGACGAUGAAUUGGAGCUGGAAGUAGACGAUCCAUUGCUGGUGGAAGUCCAAGGGGAGGAUUACUGGUAUGAGGGCUACAACAUGAGAACCGGAGCCCGAGGGAUCUUCCCAGCUUACUAUGCCAUCGAGGUGACCAAGGAGGCCGACAGCUUCAAUAAAGCAAAGAGCAGCGAAUGGAUGGACAGAUACCGGCUAAAGUUCUUGGGCUCGGUCCAAGUGCCGUACCACAAAGGAAACGAUGUUCUGUGUGCGGCCAUGCAGAAGAUUGCCACCAACAGAAGAAUGACAGUCAAGCACAACCCACCUUCUUCCUCUAUCCUGGAGAUCAGUGUGAAAGGAAUCAAACUGGCCGUCGAGGAGGAUUAUUACACCUGUGACGGCAGUAACGAGUGCAGUCACUUUUUCCAGCUAAAAAACGUCUCCUUCUGUGGUUUUCAUCCCAAAAACAGCAAAUAUUUUGGUUUCAUAACCAAGCACCCAGCAGACCAGAGAUUCGCCUGUCAUGUGUUUGUGUCUGAAGAGUCCACCAAGCCUGUCGCAGAAUCAGUAGGGAAAGCCUUCCAGUUGUACUACAAAGAGUUUGUGGAGUUUUCAUGCCCCACAGAAGAUAUCUAUUUGGAAUAACCUCGUCCUGCCUUCAACCACAGCCCUGUACAGUACACUGUAUCAUAUCAUGAUGUUGCAUGAAGGACACAUCUAAGAAAAUAACACAUGUAAUGAACAGGCAGGAAAUGAAGUGGAAGGGAAUACAAUAGAUCCCCGCACAUCGUAGUGAAAAGCUCUAAAAAAGGCCUAUUUUUGAUACUUUAAACCUGAAAAUAUACCAUACUUAGUUAUUAUUAUCAGUUUGUACACAUCAAGAAACAAUUACAGGUAUACAGUAUUGUACUUACACAACAUGACGUCUUGUAAAAGUAUCUUCAUGUUGGGAAAUGUUGAGCCCGUUGACUCGUGAGACGACGCCCUUUUCUGCAUUCAUAGCUGCGGCACACAAAGCAGAGACGUGAAACCCAUGUGAUGCUGCUAGCGGGGAUCUAGUGUAGUCUUCAAAGUGAUGCUGAAGGCUGCCCAUGAAGGGCAGCGUUUGCAGGGCGAGUCAGCAAAGUAGCAGCAUUUGGAAACUAAACCGCCUUUUACAAACUCCGUUUCCAUAUGAGUUGGGAAAUUGUGUUGGAUGUAAAUAUAAACGGAAUACAAUGAUUUGCAAAUCCUUUUCGACCCAUAUUCAAUUGAAUGCACUACAAAGACAAGAUAUUUGAUGUUCAAACUCAUACACUUUAUUUUUUUUUGCAAAUAAUAGUUAACUUAGAAUUUCAUGGCUGCAACACGUUUCAAAGUAGUUGGGAAAGGGCAUGUUCACCACAGUCUUACAUCACCUUUUCUUUUAACAACACUCAAUAAACGUUUGGGAAGUGAGGAAACUAAUUGUUGAUGCUUUGAAAGUGAAAUUCUUUACCAUUCUUGCUUGAUGUACAGCUUAAGUCGUUCAACAGUCUGGGGUCUUGUUAUCGUAUUUUACGCUUCAUAAUGCGCCACACAUUUUCAAGGGGAGACAUGUCUGGACUGCAGGCGGGUCAGGAAAGUACCCGCGAUCUUUUACUACUAAGCCACACUGUUGUAACACGUGGCUUGGCAUUGUCUUGCUGAAAUAAGCAGGGGGCGUCCAUGAUAACGUUGCUUGGAUGACAACAUAUGUUGCUCCAAAACCUGUAUGGACCUUUCAGCAUUAAUGGUGCCUUCACAGAUGUGUAAGUUACCCAUGUCUUGGGCACUAAUACACCCCCAUACCAUCACAGAUGCUGGCUUUUGAACUUUGCGCCUAUAACAAUCCGGAUGGUUAUUUUCCUCUUUGUUCCGGAGGACACCAUGUCCACAGUUUUUAAACCUAAUUUGAAAUGUGGACUUGUCAGACCACAGAACACUUUACCACUUUGGAUCAGUCCAUCUUAGAUGAGCUCGGGCCCAGAGAUAGUAGAGUUUUAACUUACACUUACAGAUGUAGCAACCAACUGUAGUUACUGACAGUGGUUUUAUGAAGUGUUCCUGAGCCCAUGUGGUGAUAUCCUUUACACACUGAUGUCGGUUUUUGGUGCAGUACCGCCUGAGGGAUCAAAGGUCCGUAAUAUCCUCGCUUAUGUGCAGUGAUUUCUCCAGAUUCUCUGAACCUUUUAAUGAUUUUGCGGACCGUAGAUGGUAAAAUCCCUAAAUUCCUUGCAAUAGCUCAUUGAGAAAUGUUGUUCUAAAACUGUUCGACAAUUUGCUUACAAACUGGUGACCAUCGCCCCAUCCUUGUUUUUUGAAUGACUGAGCAUUUCAUGGAAGCUGCUUUUAUACCCAAUCAUGGCACCCACCUGUUCCCAAUUAGCCUGCACACCUGUGGGAUGUUCCAAAUAAGUGUUUGAUGAGCAUUUCUCAACUUUAUCAGUAUUUAUUGCCACCUUUCCCAACUUCUUUGUCACGUGUUCCUGGCAUCAAAUUCUAAAGUUAAUGAUUAUUUGCAAAAAAAAAAAUUGUUUAUCAGUUUUAACAUUAAAUAUGUUGACUUUGUAGCAUAUUCACCUGAAUAUGGGUUGAAAAUGAUUUGCGAAUCAUUGCAUUCCGUUUAUAUUUACAUCUAACACAAUUUCCCAACUCAUAUGGAAACGGGGUUUGUACUUGCAUUCAUCCUUGAGGUGAAGAUGGACAAAAAGCAGGGGUGUAACGGUACAUGUGCAGCAUUCCGAUUAGGUCUCACUCCCGUCACGUUUGAUUGACGUCCCCAAACUCCCACAAGCCCAGGGAGUGUACGUAAACGCGGCCAUAAAAAAAGACGUGGCGUGGAAGCCUGCAGGGAGGCACUUCCAUUAGCGUGCAGCCUAGCGGGAGUUGUGAUAGUGCUUCUUUCGUUUGGUAAGACAUGAAAUAUGCCAACAAGGGUUGUCAAAAUGCGGCCCGGGGGACCGUUUGUGUUACAUGGUUCGCUUUUUUUGGGGACCAGGGAUAAUAAGAGCAAAAAGAUAUAAUGUAACGAGAAAAAGAGAAAAUGUUGAUAUUAAUAAAUAAUGAUAACACAAUUUAAUGUUAAAUAAUUUGUGUAGCUUUUUAACCUUUUUAAAAAUUACAAUUAUAAACAUCAAAGUGGUCCCAUGUUCGGUAUUCUGCAUUUCAGCCAAAUAGCAUCGUCAUUAACACUUUUUAUUUAAAGUCUUUACUGUGGCACCCACCUGCAUUGUUUCAAUUUACUAAAACAAAACCUUGUAAAUUAUCAUUAUUUAUUUAUUAAACUUGACAUCAAGAAUUUCAUUCAGGAUUACCGUAUUUUCCAGACCAUAGGGUGCACCAGAUUAUAAGGCGCACUGCCGAUGAAUGGUCUAUUUUUUAUCUUUUUUCAUAUAUUAUGUGCACUGGAUUAUAAGGCCCAUUAAAGGAGUCAUAUUAUUAUAAUUUUUAUCUAAAUUGAAAACACUUACUUGUAGUCUACAUAGCAUGGUUCUUUGGUCAAAAUGUUGCAUAGAUUAUGUUUUACAGAUCAUCUUCAAGCCGGUUUCCGACAGUCGCUUCCGGAUGCGCCGUUUUUGGGGCAGUCUUGUUUACGUGGCUCACUUUCGGCGGCGUCUUCUCCCCGUCCUCUUAGUUGUAACCGUGUAGCGUGCAAGGACGGGAGUGGAAGAAGUGUCAAAAGAUGGAGCUAACCGUUUUAAUGACAUUCAGACUUUACUUAAAUCAAUAACGGAGCAGCAUUUCCUCAUCCGGAAACAACCACACCGGAAAUGUGUCCCGUGAAAAACCGUCUGACCAGAACUCUAAUAACUGGAGUUCCUUGAGUGAAUAAUGUAAACUCACUUUACCGGUAUGUUUUAACGCUUUCAUGGCGAGUUUUCUUACAGAUAUAAGUAAGAACUUUACAGUACUUUAUAUUAGAAAUGGCAACAGCAGGGGAUGAAUGUCAGAUAACAAGAAGAUAGAGAAAAAGAAGAAGCUUAUGGACUAUGGCGUUUCCACGUACUAUGAAGGCGGAGGCGCACAACUUUUCAGGAUUUACGCAGAUCCCAAAUACAGAUCAGCAGGUACUAGAAGGUAAGAAAAGUUGCUUUUGCAUAAUAUUGCGAAACAAAACGUCAGAGAAUAUGUCUUACCUUAUACACACACACCAUAAUAAUAAUUGUUUGUUUAAUGCGCCGACAAUCCUUCAAGUGGUGCGGCUUCAUAGCUUAACAAACUCUUACUAAAACAUUUUGACAGAUUUUUUAGCGCCGUGUGUAAUCCAUAUUUUCAAUAGUACAUUUCAAAUGUUGGUGUUGUAUACUUGAGACCCAUCAUACUGCAGUCUACACGUAUGUUUGACUGCCAUCUACUGGUCACACUUAUCAUUACAUCAUGUACCAAAUAAAAUUGCUUCGAGGUGGGUAUGCUCAACCAAAAUUAUUUCUUACAUUAGGCACACCGGGUUAUAAGGCACACAGUCUAGUUUUGAGAAAAACUAUGAUUUUAAGUGCGCCUUAUAGUCCGGAAAUUACGGUAGUUUGCUCGCAGUUUGCCGUUUAAAAAAAAAAAAACAUUCCUUUUAAAAAGCAUCAAAGCUGUUUGCACAAAAGCUAAGCAAUUUAAUGUUUUAUAAAGUGAGGGCCUGAUUUACCAAGAUCCAAAUAAGUGGUAAAAUAUCAUGCACAAUGCGGUUAAAGACUCUGCAUAAAAUUUAAGUGCAAAAGUAGUAAAGACUGCCUUAUUUAAAAGGUUUUUUUGCAUGACCUGUGGUGUUUUAUGUUGUGGAACAUGCAGCACACAACUAUUAAUCGGUGCCACUUUUUUCUGGGCAACAUAGAAGCCCUCAUCGACUCGACUUGACAACGACUUUGCUUUCGGGCUGAAAUUAUUUAUUGAAAUAAUAGUAAAAGAUUACAUUUAUAUUCUGUUGCUGGGAUUAGUCGUUUGAGCGUAAAUCGUACAAAUUAAUCAAAUACGGACGGCACGGAGUGCAAUGAACUUUGAAUACGCAGGAAAUAGCACACACAAGAGCGGUGGUGCACACCAUUGACAUGUUUUAUGCGUUUUUUCUUUACUAAUGUACACGUGUUCAAUGUUGAUAAUGUGCAUUUAUUAGAAAAAAUAAUGCAAGUCUUGGCAAGCAAAUAAACUUAACUGUUAUUUUACCUUUUAUAUCUAUUCUUCCUAAAAUACGCAUUGAGUGUAUAUGUUGUGUUUUAUCUGAUUACUUGAAUAAUCGAACAAACUAAUCAAUUGAUCGCUACUUUGCAUGUUAUGAGAAGCUACUUGAAAAAAACUUCGCCUGGAAAAUAUAUUUGAAGCCAGCAAAGCUAAACAUACGUUGUUUAAGUGCCGUAAAUUCUAGACUAUACACCUCUGUUUUUCUGCCACAUUUUGAAGCAACUUAUGAGACAGAGCGGCUAACUUAUCGAUUUUUCUUCGUUGGCGGCUAUUGUAGUGAGCAAACUCGUCCAAAAGAUGAUGCAAUAGCACAAAUUUCGACACUUAAACCGAAGUUUCGUUCAGUCUUCUUGCCAUCCAUAGCAUUUCUACUCAUAUGGUUCUUCAUUCAUCACACCAAGCAACGUUUAUAACUUUUACAGUAUAACUAAAACUUUUUAUACCUACAAAACCGUCCCAUGUGUGAUGUUUGUAGGUGUUUUCAUGCAUAUUUGUACAUUCUAUCGUAAUGUAAUCACGCUACGUACGUCUCUUCAGCUUCCCUAUCAAAACUUCCACUUUUUGACUGGAAAUCCAGUUUUUGUCCUUCACAAACCUCAGCAAUGCUCUUGAGCGUGGGUUCAUUAAAUGAGCGGCUAGCUUCAUGUUACGUGAUUUACUAAAAUAACGUGAAAGAGAUGAAUGGACGUGAAAACGACAGAAAAGAUGUCUGCCAAAAGUCAAACUUUUGUGUAAAUUGAUAAGUCGGAGACUAAGUAAUGAAGAGCAGGCAGCAGCUCUCACAUUCUCUUACUUUCUGUAUUAUUCAGAAAGAAUUGACGUCAGCCAGCUUGAAAAAUGUUUCAACUAUAAGCUACGUCAAGGAGCCCUUGUUGUUUUUAUUUAAAUGUUUGCAACAUUCCAGGGUUCAUAGCGAGGAAACCUUACAAUGUAUUAAAUCCAUAAACUGCUAUAAAAUUGAGUCGACGGCGAGUUAUCAUGAUGAAGACAAAAUGCCUUUUUUUUUUACCAAUUUUCAACAUUAGCGAUGCAUAAAACAUUUUGUCGCUACUGGUCCGACGUUUCCUGAAAUUUUUUUUAAAAAAGCAACACCUUAAAGCCUUGUGCAGCUGUUUACGUAUGUAUAGUAUUCAUGUUUAAAUAACUUUUACUGAAAAUUAAUCUCUUCCUCUAUCGCCUUGACUACUAAUAAUCGGUAUGUGCUUGGAAAAACUAUAUCGUCAAUUUUUAGUACAUAACAGACCGGAAGGAAGCUGUAUUGUUACACCCCUUUUAACAUGAAAUCUUAUGGGUCUGUGAACUAAGCAGUGGUCCCCAAACACCGGUACCGGUCCGCACAAGAAAAAAAAUAAAAUAAAAAAAAUAAAUAGCGCAUGCUUAGUAUUACCGCCUGGUCAAACUCGUGACGUCACGAGUGACACUUCCCCUGUCAUCAUUUUCAAAAUGGACGAGGCAGAUUUCAAUACCGGUAAUUUGAAAUCGCAUAAAGGGAAGAAGAUUAAGAGCUAUUCAGGAGGAUUUAAGGUCCAAGCUUACAUCACACUCAAAUUUUUACUGCAUGCCUUUGGUAAGUGCCGCAGUGAGAAAAGGUUUUAAAUUAAUUAGCGCCCCGGCGGCAAUUCAAGGAAAUACGGUAUAUAUCUAUAUAUUUUUUUUAAUUAUAAAAUCAACAUAAAAUACACAAUAUAUACAAUAUAUAUAUAUAUAUAUAUAUAUAUAUAUAUAUAUAUAUAUAGAUCAGGGGUUGGGAAUCUUUUUGGCUGAGAGAGCCAUACAAACCAAAUAUUUUAAAAAGUAUUUCCGUGAGAGCCAUUGAACUUUUUUUUUCUUUUUUUUUUUUAACACUGAAUACAACUAAAUGCGUGCAUUUUUAAGAAGGACCAACAUUUUUAGAGUAUAAUAAGUCUUAUUCUUUUUAAUAAGAUUGUUAUUCUGAGGCUAUCCAAAAAUAAAUAAAAUACUUCUUACCAUUAAUGCGACUUCUUGAACAGGUGCGGUACAAACCGGAUGGAUGGAUGAAAAUGCAUGAAAAUGUUUUAUAUUUUGAAUGUUAUUUUUGAUACUGUGAUUACCAGCGGAUUUAUUCAUUAUUUAACGUGUUAAUAUCAGCUAAAAUUUAUCUGAGUGCCAGAUGCAGUCAUCAAAAGAGCAACAUCUGGCUUUAGAGCCAUAGGUUCCCUACCCCUGAUCUAGAUAAAAAAAACACAAAAAAAAACCCUCGGUCCGUGGGACACAUUUUCAAGCGUUGACCGGUCCGCAGCUACAAAAAGUUUGGGGACCACUGAGCUAAAGUGCAUUCUGGGAAAUGUGGUAAACUACCAAACAAAAGUAGACUCACGGGAUUAAAUAAAAAAAGAUAAUUACAAGAAACUGAUCACAUACAGAAGGGAAGGGAUUUAUAUGGCCCCAUUCCUGGAUGGUGAGAGGAAGAGAAGGGGUUAAUCAUUUUGCAAUGCAGUCAGCUGAAAAUGAUGGAAAGCACCACUCCGCUGUGGUCAAAGUUGGAAUAUACUGUAGAUAGUGCAUUCCACUUAUGCCACGUUUCAUCCAUCCAUCCAUCAUCUUCCGCUUAUCCGAGGUCGGGUCGCGGGGGCAGCAGCCCAAGCAGGGAAGCCCAGACUUCCCUAUCUCCAGCCACUUCGUCUAGCUCUUCCCGGGGGAUCCCGAGGCGUUCCCUGGCCAGCCUGGAGACAUAGUCUUCCCAACGUGUCCUGGGUCUUCCCCGUGGCCUCCUACCAGCUGGACGUGCCCUAAACACCUCCCUAGGGAGGCGUUCGGGUGGCACCGAACCACCUCAUCUGGCUCCUCUCGAUGUGGAGGAGCAGCGGCUUUACUUUGAGUUCCUCCCGGAUGGCAGAGCUUCUCACCCUAUCUCUAAGGGAGAGACCCAAACUCAUUUCGGCCGCUUGUACCCGUGAUCUUAUCCUUUCGGUAAUGACCCAAAGCUCAUGACCAUAGGUGAGGAUGGGAACGUAGAUCGACCGGUAAAUUGAGAGCUUUGCCUUCCGGCUCAGCUCCUUCUUCACCACAACGGAUCGAUACAACGUCCGCAUUACUGAAGACGCCGCACCGAUCCGCCUGUCGAUCUCACGAUCCACUCUUCCCCCACUCGUGAACAAGACUCGCUUAGCCACGUUUCAUGUGUCAGGUAAAUCACGAAUAACGCGGCCAUCUGAAUCCCCUUUCCUACUGUACAAGUAGACAUUUUAAGUGCAAAACUACUGUAAGACUCCUCAGUAUUGUUAGAAACACCACACACAGUUCUCCUGUUCCAUUAUGACAUCAUCAACCUUGGCGUCCAACUCCAGGAAUAGCAGAAAAAAGCAAUAAGCUGGUAGAAUACAAACUUUUAGUCACAAAUCCAAAGUCAGUUUCUGUUUGGUAACAAAACAAUACAGCAGGUACUUGGGAGCAGGAACUUCACUGGUAGUGCCUCUUUUUCAUUGAGCAUCGGGACCUUCCUCCAUCGUUGUCACGACACCGGAAGUCGUGAUCGGGUGUGUUUGAAUGCAGAUUGUGAUGUUAAUGAAGACCGCGUGUGUUAAUGUGUGUGUUUUUCUCCUCACUGUGUUGUGACAUCUACAAGCGUGUAUGGAAAGUUCAAUUGAAAGCUGGAAUCUAUAGCAUGCCUUGUCGAUCAUAAAUAUGUUGGGAGUGAAGCCAAAGGAAAAGGGAGAACGACAUGUUCUGCAGUGGGGACACAAAAAAACUGCUUUCAACAUCCUUUGUCCCUAACCCUCAUUUGUAAGAGAUCAUUUUAUGGGAUCUAUAUUUACCACAGAAUGUUUCUAAAACUGAGUUCUCGGUGAAGGACGUGGCCAUCGCUUAAACCCCCCCCCCCCCCGUGUUUGAGGAAUUGAAAAUUCCAAAAAUGGCUGAUGUAAUGACUUUCUAUGUUUUUCAAGAGCAGGUGAAGACAGACAGUGGGGGCUGCACAAAAGGUGUACAAAUAUGUCAUAUAGAAAUGAUUUAAUAUUUGUAAUUAUAAACAUUGUAUUAAUUGAUUAUGUAGUGGGUGAAAAUAUGAUUUGGAUUUUUUUUUCUUUAAGAUGUGAAGUCUUUAUUUAAAAAUCUAAGAAACUGUG